ACUUGCGUUAGUCAAUCUUGGACGUUCGGUUCGGCAGGUUCUCGCAGGGAACGCGCACAGUUUCGAGCUUGGAUUUUCGCGACGACGACGAGGAGGAGGACGAUUCGCGCGCGCGGCAGGUCCUCACCUGGACAUUUUGGUUCUUGGCGCUCCUUGCUGUAAUUUAUUGCGAAUUUCGGGGAGUGUGUGCGGGGAAUUUCGGACGGGAACGGAGUAGGACGGACACGAGACCGAGGAUGGUUGUGGGAAUGUGUUUGUAAAUCAUGGUGCACGGCUGAGGAGCCUUUUCAGCAACAGGAGAAAGUUGGAGUCCGGAACAUCCGGACGAGCCCGAGAGGUGGGGGAGGGGUUGCUGGUGCCUCAGUGAAUGAUAGUCCGGGCAAGGCCGGGUCGAUACUCUAGAGAACCACGGAGUGCGGAGUGUAUCGUCGUUGGUUGUUAUUAUUUUUUAAUUUGCAUAAAUUAAAAGAACCGAGAAAAUGAUAAAAGUGUAACGGUUUAUGGCCACUGCUCACGCCAGUCAGGACGACCGCCAAAACGGAGGGUACUCCCGGAAGACGACGACGAGGUGAACGCAGAUUUUUGGUGUGAGUGUGUGUCCUUGCGUUGUAAUCGAUACUGGGGGCUCAACCAUCUGGUGGUGAAGUUUGUGGAAUAAAUUUUGAGUGACACGACAAUCGCGGAUUAUUCCGGAACCAGUGGGGGAUCCCCGGAGGAACCCAUCAUUGCCAGACUGCGAGUCGCGUCGACGUUCUCGAGAGGGUCUCUAAUUUAUGUCAAUAUACAUUACAACCACAGACGGCCAGCUACCGUACUAAAUCCGGCGUCUGCGGACUCGAGAGGGCCACCCACUUGACUCCCGAUGUCCGACCGGAACCUCAAGUGUGUGUAUUAAUGCGCUGUUGACCCCCCCUCGCAGUGUCCAACUCCCCGAGUGCGGGCUAGUGUGUGGCUUCUCGUGUAAUAUCAAUUAUAGUGUCAUCGUAUUAAUUAUAUCGGCGGUGACCGCAGAGUGCUCCCGACCGCUACUUAAGCCGCUCCAAAGUGUUCGUGUGUGUGUGUACGUGUGUGCCACUGUAUGUGUACCAUGGCAGAUUUGGCACAUGAAUAAAUCAUACUACAUUAGUACCGUGGAGAGAGAACCAGAAAUUUAUGAGUGCUUUGGCCAAAACCCUUUGCGUCCGAUAAUCAGAUCAGCGCUCCUGGAUUCUGUGUGUGUGUGUCCGUGACGCCUAAUCACAAUUAGAUUACGAAGCUCUGCGGCUAACCGCACAAAAUCAGUGACCACAAAACGCGAUUAGAAGAGCGGCCCUGCUGAAGUGGCCGGAACGGAAUUGUCGGAAGGUUGCAAAAUUGCGGACGGCGGGAUUCAAGGCGGGAUUUUUAACCCCUCUCAAGGUGAAGGCGGGAAUCAAUCAGCGAGGAUUGCGGAAAAAUUGCUCGAUGAGUCGUGAAGGAAUGCUCCAGUGAUAAGAUUAUCUACUUAUGAUCCGUAGAUGUGGGUGUGUUGUUUUUCUUUUUCUGUGUGAUGUUUUCUCUGCCUGAGUGAGGCAGAGUGAGGUGAAAUUGGAAAAGGUGUUCAAGUGAUUGAGUACCUUUGGCUGUGCGGUAGCAGAAUCGGUAGUGUUGUGAAGAUUGAAGAUUCGAGAUUGUGUCAUCCGGACGGUCGUGAAGACGGUCGCUCCCGGUUGAUGGCCGGUUGUCGAUUGAUAAGCAAGGCAGAAGGCUGAUGUGGUAUUGAUUUGUAAUUUUUUUUUCUUGUCGAUUGUUACCGGAGCAGCAGCAAACCCACCGAUAGAGCACGAUCGAGCAAUAGAAGGCCACGUGUUUUGCCCACCUCCCCACCCCAAAUCGGAUCGAACCGGCAAUGAAGACGCCGGUGACGAUGUUGGAGAACUGUAACGGACGCAGCAGUAGCAACGGCAGUCAAAGUCACCCCAAGUCAUUGUAAUACGCACGCACGCACACAUAUCGAGCGAAAAUUUCGUCAAAAAAUAAGCAAGUCAACAAAAAAGGCUUCAAAGCAAUCAUCUGCAGUUAGCUUAAAUAGUGAAAAGAAAUAAGUCAAAAAUGGCUGUAACACGAUCGUCGGAAGAGCUCACCAGGGCCGUCACUUGGUCGGUCAAGUUCGCGCUGGUGAUGAGCAUCUUCCUUGGGACGUUCCUGCACGUCGGCGCGAUAGAAUUGGAAAAAUGCAAAAAUCCAUUAGGCAUGGAGUCCGGUGCGAUCAACGAUUCGCAGAUAACGGCCAGCUCGGCGCACGACAUCGGCAACGUCGGACCGCAGCACGCCCGAUUGAAAAUCGACAACAAUGGGGGCGCCUGGUGUCCGAAGCACAUGGUUUCGCGCAACCUGAACGAGUACCUGCAGCUGGACCUGCAGAAGAUGCACGUCGUGACGGCGAUCAAAACGCAGGGCCGGUUCGGCAAGGGCCAGGGCCGGGAGUACACCGAGGCGUACGUGAUCGAGUACUGGCGGCCUGGGUUUUCCAAGUGGAAGCGCUGGAAAAAUACCAGGGAUAAUGAGAUUCUCUCCGGCAACACCAACACCUACAGUGAAGUGGAAAACGUUUUGCAGCCAAUUAUCUUUGCGUCGAAAAUCCGCAUCUACCCGUACAGCCAGUACGACCGGACGGUUUGCCUGCGGGCGGAAAUCAUCGGCUGCGAGUGGGAUGAAGGAUUACUCUCGUACAGCAUCCCCAAGGGCGUGAUUCGUGGCAUGGAGGUUGACCUGUCGGACCGCACGUACGACGGCGAGGAGGAGGGCGACCGGCUGGUCGGCGGGCUUGGCCAGCUGGUCGACGGCCAGAAGGGAGCCGAUAACUUUCGCAUCGAUAUCCACGGCUUCGGCAAGGGUUACGAUUGGGUCGGCUGGCGCAAUGAUUCACUCGGCUGGGCCGGAAAGCCGGUCGAGAUGGUGUUCGAGUUCGACACGGUGCGGAACUUUAGCGCCAUGGUCCUGCACACCAACAACAUGUUCAGCAAGGACGUUCAGGUGUUUCUCCACGCGAAGGUCUUCUUCAGCAUCGGCGGGCAGCACUUUAGCGGGGAGCCGGUCCACUUCUCGUACAUGCCGGAUACGAUAAUGGAGAACGCUCGUGAUGUCACGAUCAAGUUGCAUCACCGCAUCGGCCGGUACAUCCAGAUUCACCUCUACUUUGCGAUGCGCUGGAUCAUGCUCAGCGAAAUAUCCUUCACUUCCACUCCGGUGAUGGGCAACUUCUCGGACGAGGAAGUGAACGGAAAUUCAAUCUCGCAGGAAAAUUCUAUCGAAUAUCCGCUGCAACGAGAUGAAGUUCAGACGGCCAACAAGGGCGAGCGGAACCACGUGACACAGAUAAUUUCGCCGAAGCCGAUCGAUCAGGAACCGGAGCCGCACUUUGUCGGUGUCAUCAUCGCCGUGCUGACCACCAUCAUCCUGCUGCUGAUCGCCAUCAUCAUGUUCAUCGUGGCGCGGAACAAGCGAACGCGGACGGCGGCGGUGCUGGACGCGUUGCAGCACAAUCUGCAUACCGACAGUCUGGGCAUCGACAAGCGGCUCAACAGUAACUUUAAGGUCUCGAUAGAUGAUAAUGAGUCGAUUGAUAAGAGCAGCCUGUACCAUGAGCCGUUCAACGUCAACAUGUACACUAGCGCCGCCAGCGGGUGCUCCAUGAACGACAUGCAGCGGCAUCACAUUACGCCCGACUAUACAGAUGUGCCGGAUAUCGUGUGCCAGGAGUACGCCGUGCCCCACAUGCAGGACCUGAUACCGAAGAUCCCCGGCGGGUACGUGAGCGUCCGGUUGACACCGCCCUCGCUCAACAAUAUCUUCCCGAAGCCACCGCCGGUGCCCCCACCACCGGAAAAGUACUACGCCGCCACUGCCAUCUGCAAGCCCUCGUCGACGGCCCCCACGACACCCUCCAACACCAACAGCCACCUGCAGCAGCAGCAGCAGAACCAGCAAACUCUGAACCACUCCCAGCACUCCCAGCAGACCCUGAACGCCUACAGCGAUCUGGAUCACGGCGUCUCGGACGAUGAUUUACAGCUGAGCGAGUACCCGCGGGAUAAGCUGGUGAUAGUGGAGAAGCUCGGCUGCGGCGUGUUUGGCGAGUUGCAUCUCUGCGAGACCAAGGGAUACAGUUCCAGCCUGGUGGCCGUGUCGACGCUGCGUCCGGGCGCCUCCGAGCACGUCAAGAAGGAGUUCCGGGCGAAGGCCAAACAGCUGGCCCGGCUCAGCGAUCAGAACGUCAUGAAGCUGAUCGGCGCCUGCCUGAAGGACGAGCCGAUUUGUAUCGUUUUAGACUACAAAUUCAGCACCGACCUGAACCAAUUCCUGCAGGAGCACACGGCCGAAACCGGCUCGCUGGUGCAGCAUAACUCGUUAAGCUACGGAUGUUUAAUUUACAUCGCAACACAAAUAGCCUCCGGUAUGAAGUAUCUAGAGCAAAUGAAUGUAGUGCAUCGUGAUUUAGCAGCUAGGAGCUGUUUGGUAGGACCACAGCUGGAGAUAAAAAUUUGUACACUAGGAACUGUGAUAAACCGCAUUGCAUAUCCCGCUGACUACUGCCACCUGGAGGGCGCCGGAAGACAAUCGCAACCGAUGCCGAUCCGGUGGAUGGCCUGGGAGAGCGUACUGAUGGGCAAAUUUACAUCAAAGUCUGACGUGUGGGCGUUCGCCGUGACGCUGUGGGAAAUCCUGACGUUCGCCCGGGAGCAGCCCUUCGAGAAUCUGAGCGACGAAAAGGUGAUCGAGAACAUCGGACACAUGUACCAGGACAACAAGAAACACAUGGUGCUGCCGAUUCCGGUCGGGUGUCCGCGCGAGAUCUUCGACCUGAUGUGCGAGUGCUGGCAGCGCAACGAAAACAGCCGGCCCAACUUCCGCGAGAUUCACCUGUUCCUGCAGCGGAAAAACCUCGGUGAAUACUUUCAUCACAUUUAAGUGAGCGGUGAGCAAAUGUGACCGAACGAACGAAUUUAGAAACUCACAAUAAUCGAUCACUCACGAGAGGAAGAAUCAAUCGCGCAGCAAGUGACAGACAAAGCAGGCGACAGGCGAGAGCUCUUCUUCCCUGAUAAACAAAAGAAAAAAACAAACACUUAUACACACGCGGAACAAUCAAGCAGUCGACUCUUUGAAAGAAAUGACAACCCACACUCACACACACAUGACUCACUCUAUAUCGAAUUAGUUAAGGUGAAACCGGAAGAGCAGUGAAAGGGAAGGGAUGCGAACUUCAAAGUAAGCAAAUUACAUUAAAUUAGGUAUGCAACUAAAAACAACGUAAUUGUGAUCCAAUGGUAGGUGUAUAAAGGCAACAAAAAAAAACAGAGAAAAAAAACCCGUAAAAUUAUGCAACCCAGUGUUACACA